GUUCACAUCCCCUGUCCCUCUACAAGCUCUAUAUAAUCACCCACUCGAUCAAGUUAUCAUCAAUGUUACCCCUAUACUCGCCGGACCAAUAAUAAUGCAAUCUCAUAUACUAACCUUCGCUCUGUGGUUAACUUUCUCCUUCGUUAACACGCUGGUCUCUCACUCGGGAUAUAACUUCGUUCCU